CCUCCACUUCUAUUUCUCCAUUCACAGACAGCCCUCUGAGCAGAGACCCGUCUCCUCUUUUGAAUGGACUCCAUCUGAGCCAGAACACAGCUUUAUUGCUGCAGAUGGAAACUGAUGACCGCCACUGAUCUCAUCUUGUGCCUGCUGCUGAUAAAAACUGCAGACUUUAAUGCUUUGCCAUGAACUUUUGCCGGACUUGAGGAACGUCCAGUGUGGCUGAUUUAAAGACUUCUGAAGGAGGAGAAGCACCCCUGGCACUGAGAGAAAGACUGUUCUCAGGGAUUUAGAAGGUGGAGGUGUUUUUGGGUCUUCAGGCAGGAACAAGGACACAGAUCAAAUUUAAAAAUUGCCUCCAUUUAUUCUAGUUAUCUCCCCUGGACCACAAUGGGUUCAGAUGUGCGUGACCUGAACUCCCUGCUGCCCCCGGUCCCAGCGGGCCCCAGCCCCGGCUGCCCAGCCCUGCCCGUCAGCACGGCCCCUCAGUGGGCUCCUGUCCUGGACUUCCACACUGCUGCCUCCCCUUACUCCUCCCUGGCUGCCCCCCACACCUCCCUGGGGGCUCACUCCUUCAUCAAACAAGAACCCAGCUGGGGGGCCACUGGUGACCCCCACCACCAUGAAACAGACCCCCACUGCGGCCUCAGUGCCUUUACAGUGCACUUCUCAGGGCAGUUCACAGGGACCGGGGCCUGUAGGUAUGGGGCAUUCGGGGCACCCCCUCCUCCGACAGCGGCCCCCAGCCAGCCGCCAGCCGUGGCCGCCCCACACCACCACCAGCCCCCCAGCAGGAUGUUCAGCAACCCAUCAUACCUGCCCAACUGCAUGGACACACAGCCGGCUGUUCGCAACCAGACAGGUUACAGUACGGUUGCAUUCGAUGGAGCCGGUAAUUACGGUCACACUCCUACACACCACAGCUCGCAGUUCUCCAACCACUCCUUCAAACAUGAAGACGCUUUAACCCAGCAGAACACAAUGGGUGAGCAGCAGUAUCCAGUUCCUCCUCCUGUUUAUGGAUGUCACACACCUUCAGACAGCUGCACAAGCAGCCAGGCCCUGCUGCUGAGGAACCCCUACAACAGUGGUGAAAAUUUAUAUCAAAUGACCUCUCAGUUGGAGUGUGUGGCAUGGAACCCUGUCAAUACACUGGCAUCCACCAUAAAGAGCCAUGCAGCAGGCUAUGACAGUGACCCCAACACCCCGAUGGUGUACAGCUGCAGCACGCAGUAUCGCAUUCACACACAUGGAGUCUUCAGGGGUAUUCAGGAUGUACGGCGGGUGCCCAGCAUCGCUCCAGCCAUAGUGCGUUCAGAGAGCAGUGAAAAGCGUCCGUUCAUGUGCGCCUAUCCAGGCUGCAACAAGCGCUACUUCAAGCUGUCUCAUCUGCAGAUGCACAGCCGCAAACACACAGGGGAGAAACCCUACCAGUGUGAGUUCACAGACUGUGGCCGCAGAUUUUCCCGUUCUGACCAACUAAAAAGACACCAGAGGAGGCACACAGGAGUUAAACCGUUCGAAUGCGAGACGUGUCAGAGAAAGUUCUCUCGGUCUGACCACCUUAAGACACACACACGGACUCAUACAGGUAAAACAAGUGAGAAGCCGUUUAACUGUCGGUGGCUGAACUGUCAGAAGAAGUUUGCCCGGAGUGAUGAGUUGGUGCGACACCACAACAUGCACCAGAGGAACCUCACCAAGCUACAGCUUUCCAUCUGAGUCUCUUUUGGUCCUGCAUUCAUCUGUGUAUACUUGUGAUGUUUCUAGUUAAUUCACCCUUUAAAAAAAACAAACAAAAAAAAAACAGCCUCUCUGGACUUCAGUGGAGUCCUGAUGAUCAGUUUGGUUUUACCAGCUCUCAGUUGCCAGACUAAAAAGUCAAAGGUUGUAUGUUUCUGCAAACUGUAUAGAUAUAAAUUGUGUUGUUUCUAAACCUCUCUGAUGUGCAAAAUAGGUUAUUUGGCAUCAGUCCUGUGAUGCACCAGCUAGCUACAUAAUUCCCAACAGUGUUGUGUUGUUAUGAGAAACAGCGAUCUCAGCAUUUGACCUUGAUUGUCAUGCUGGCUGGCACAUUUUGAGAAUAUUUAAAAGCUGCCGGACCUCCAUCUGGGAGAGAAGCAAACUGUAAUCCAAACUAAACUUUUUAUUUAGCUGUACUUGGCAUUUUGAAUGGAUUUAUGGGCUCAAAGUAUCAUGUUCAGCUUGACACAUCCUUAUACUUUUCAUUUCACUCUGAAUUUUAGUUAAGGCACCAAAACAGCAAGAUUUUGCUUAAGAAACAAUUGCUGCCCCAUUCAUAACCACCCAUGUUAAAUAUAUAUUAAAUAUGAAUAUGUGUGUGUGUAUAAAGAAUUGUUACGGUGUGAGGCCGAGGCAUUUUACACAUCUGUGCUUUGCAGAAACGUACAAUGUUAGCAUGUUAUUCUGGCAGCUGAAUGAACUGCACUUUGAAGCGAAAUGCAAGUCAUUCUAUACCCCCGGAAAAUGAUUACUUCUAAAACUUAAACAUAAAAUCUGUUUAUGUUAGUCUGAAAGUAUUUUGCAUUUCUGUUACUGUCUAUAAAAUCCAAAGAAAAGACCAAAAACAACACUAAGAAAAACACAAACCUGAUUCAACUAAGUGGAGCUAUUACUUUAACAGAACUGAGGAAAAACCUGGGAU